AUGACAUCGCCUUAUCCGCCAUCGACUUCAUUCUCGCCGUCCGUUGCCUCCGACAUGGCUUCUGCGCCGAAUAGAGCGGUCUCCGAUUUGCCGCAGGCUCAGGUAGACGCGAUCAUCCGCACAAAGCGCAAGGCCCGUGAGCCCAAAGCCUGCUAUCCAUGCCAUGCGCGCAAAGUCAAAUGCGAUCGCAAUCUGCCGUGCGACGGGUGUGUUAAGCGCGACCAUGCAGACCUUUGCUCCUAUGAACGCCCUUCCAAGAAGCGAUCGCAGGCCUUUCAUGAGAGUGCUGCCCCCAGCGCUCCAACUCCACCCAUACCCGAAUAUUCGACAUCAUAUGCGUACGAUGAAACUCCAGCAGAAGUAAAACAUGAGCCGACCUCGAGCCGACCUCACAUUCCUGCUGCAGGUGGUGGUCGAGUUUCAAUCGCCCGCGAGGAAUGGGAUAAUGUGCGCAGCAGAUUGCAAGAAAUGGAAUCCACUAUUUCCUCCCUUCGAGUUGGGCUGGAGAGGGCGGAAGAUGGGCUCCCAGCCUCCCGAGACACCGCCAGCGCACAGAGUCCCGAGGCGACUUCCCGUUCUAAGUGUGCCUCGCCAGAACGCGAGGGCAUACACGCUGCGAAUACUCUAGGCAAAGGCACUGUCCAUUUGGGAUCUCGCUCUGUUCUGGCUUAUAUUCUCAACAACCAAUCUGGGUCUGAUCAACUUCAAGCACUUUUGGAAGGAGGAAUACUCCCUAAGCUUGGUCUGGAUAAUGAGUCUGCGACCUAUCCAUUUGUUGAUCUAUGGUCGUCCGAUAUGUCAACAUUUGAUAUCACUGCUGUCUGCAGCGCCCUUCCCAGUGAUCAACAGUGCAGAGAGUUAUUCUACUACUACAGGGACAUUUCGGGAGCUAUAUAUCCCGUUUUAGAGGACAUCUUUGAGUUUGAGAACACCCUGGAGCUUCUUUUGGCGACAAGAACAUCUCUCGGUGGAGAAUACAUGGCCGAUGCAGACGAAGCACAAAAGCCUUUCGGCGUGAGCAUUGCGUACCUGGGACUAUUGUUUGCUAUCCUUGCCUCUGGAUGUCAGUCAUCCGAUUAUGGCAGCAAGGAAAGGGAAUUGACCUCGCAGGUUUAUGUGUGCUGCUCCUACCAGUGCCUCCGCAUGACAAACUUCCUGUCCCAGCCCACAAUUGAGGCAAUUCAAACUCUCCUUGUGAUAGGGAACGUCUUGUCAUACAAUAUGAAUCCCGGAAUUUCUUAUGUCUUGCUUGGCAUGACUCUUCGCAUGGGCUUGGCACUCGGUCUCCAUGUAGAGUCAAGUCGAUUUUCGUCAGCUGAACGAUAUCGCCGACGACAUGUCUGGUGGUCCAUGGCAUGGCAAGACAGCCAUUUUUCGCUUUCCUACGAUCGACCAUCUACCACUGCAGUGAGCCAGCCAGAUAUCGCUUACAGAGACGACUCAAAACCUGGUGAUUUAUCUUAUUUUGAGACUCUGUCUCGAGUCAUUUCGCUUGCACUAGAGGUUGUCCGCAUUCGUAUGCUGAGCCCACACGCGCAAAUAAGCUUGGAAAGCAUACAAGUCUUUAAGGAACGCAUCCAGAAGAUCAUGGUAGAGGCACAACCGUACUUGCGAGAUGCAAGGAAUUGUUCCACAUCUACGCAACAUCUCGAGCGAGUUGUGUUGAAACUGCAUUCUUCUUAUUUCGCCUCUGAGCUCUGCCGGCCAGCGCUCAAACCAAUGGCUGAUGUCAGUGACGCCAGCGCAGCGAGCAUGCGCGAAAAUUGCGUGGUGAAUUUGAUGACUACUGUUGAAGCGUACAUUGAAUUGCACAAUAUCAGCUCUCACGCAGCUCGGUCCUGGAUUGCUUUGCAGCGGGCGAUCAGCUCCGCAUUCCUGCUUGCCGUCAUCGACGAGGCGAAAGCGGACCCGAAUGUGUGGAAUCUUCUCCAUUCACUCGAAGGUAUCAUUGCCCAGAGAGCAAGCACGGAGCGAGCCUAUGGUUCCAAUGAAUCUCCCAAUGUAGCCAAUAUGACCUCGCCGCCCCAAACCCUCGGCACUUACGACCCGGUCACGGGCACCACAAACCCCCCAGGGCCCAUCGCUCCGGUGGUGGAUCCAACUUCUCCGGCUGGGAUGCCCCCUGAUACCCAAACGCAAUGGGCAAAGUCACUCGCGAAAACGCAUCGUGCUUUGCAAAAGCUCCUUGCCGCAUUUGGGAAUCCAAAUACGCGUUCUUCAGUGGGACGUACUGGUGCGCCCGCGUACCUCACUCAUCCUAACCUCAACCCGACCUCCGCUUCCAUGGGAUCACUUCCUCCUGUGUCGGCAAGCAUGACUCCUAGCGUUGGUUCUCUUCCGCCUCCUACGCCAGAAAGCUCUGGUAGUGGUGAAUGGUCAAUGCCCAGUAUACUUGAUCGCGCAUCAGAGUAUAUUCAUCCACCCCUGUGGGGCUAG